AACGCUGUGGUAUAUGCGUAAUCGUUCUCAGUUCGAUAAGUUUGUCUUGAGCGUGCACAAGUGAAUUUUUGUUCGGCUAAAUUUUAUUGUUUAACGUUUGUGAUUAUUUAAAAAGAAAAGAAAAGAAAACCUUCUGUUUUAACGUGAAUAUGGAUGAACGAAAUGAUAUAACUCAUGAAGGACCUGCUGGUAUGGAUCCGGAGGGUGUAAUUGAAUCAACUUGGCACGAGGUUUAUGAUAACUUUGAUGACAUGAAUUUGCGUGAAGAACUUUUGCGCGGUAUUUAUGGUUAUGGUUUCGAAAAGCCAUCUGCAAUUCAACAACGCGCAAUCAUACCCUGCGUUAAAGGGCGUGAUGUUAUUGCUCAAGCGCAAUCUGGUACUGGUAAAACCGCUACCUUCUCGAUCGCUAUUUUACAACAAAUCGAUACGUCCAUUCGCGAGUGUCAAGCUUUGAUUUUGGCUCCCACUCGAGAAUUAGCAACUCAAAUUCAACGUGUUGUUAUGGCGCUUGGUGAGUACAUGAAGGUACAUUCCCAUGCUUGUAUAGGCGGAACAAAUGUUCGUGAGGAUGCACGCACUUUGGAAUCUGGUUGUCAUAUCGUUGUUGGUACACCCGGUCGUGUAUCUGAUAUGAUCAAUCGCAAGGUGUUACGUACAAGCAACAUCAAAUUGUUCGUCUUGGAUGAGGCUGAUGAAAUGCUUUCGCGUGGUUUUAAGGAUCAAAUCCAAGAUGUCUUUAGAAUGCUUCCUACGGAUGUUCAAGUCAUUUUACUAUCUGCCACAAUGCCGCCAGAUGUUUUGGAAGUUAGUCGUUGUUUCAUGCGUGAUCCAGUUAGCAUUUUGGUUAAAAAGGAAGAGCUUACAUUAGAAGGUAUCAAACAAUUUUAUGUAAAUGUUAAACAAGAAAACUGGAAGUUGGGUACCUUAUGUGAUUUAUAUGAUACGCUUUCCAUUACUCAAUCGGUUAUUUUCUGCAACACUCGCCGCAAGGUUGAUCAACUAACUCAGGAAAUGACUAAUCAUAAUUUCACUGUUUCUGCAAUGCAUGGUGAUAUGGAGCAACGUGAUCGAGAGGUUAUCAUGAAACAAUUCCGCUCAGGUUCUUCUCGCGUCCUGAUUACUACUGAUUUAUUAGCUCGUGGUAUUGAUGUGCAACAAGUUUCGCUUGUUAUCAACUAUGAUUUACCAUCAAAUCGCGAAAAUUACAUUCACAGAAUUGGUCGUGGUGGACGUUUUGGUCGUAAGGGUGUCGCUAUAAAUUUCAUCACUGAUGAAGAUCGACGUAUCCUUAAGGAUAUUGAACAAUUUUACCAUACAACUAUUGAAGAAAUGCCAGCUAAUAUAGCUGAUCUUAUAUAAGAGAAUCCAGAAAACCUGAUCAUUUAUAAAAAAAUAAUAAAAACAAAGUAGAAACAUCAGCUUUUAGCUUUUUCUAAAUUUACUAUUAUGAAAUUAUAUAUAUACAUAUAACAAUGAAAUAAUUUUAUUAUGAGAAUAAAAAGCUAAAAACAAAUA